UUUCGAACUCAAGCUUCAGGAAAUUCCUAGGGUUUUGUUGCCAUCCUGUUGAAACACGAGGGGGAGAAAGCCUCACUCAUGGCGCUUUGUAGAGCUCGAGCUGCUUCUUCUGCUUUGUUCAAGAGUGUUAUCCGUCCAGUUUUUCGCAAUUUCUCCACGGAUGUGGCCAAUGCACAAAACCAAUCCUUGAUCGAGAACAUGAAACGGGAGAUGCUCCACAUGGACAUCAACUCAAUGAUAGGAAGUUGCAUGCCCUUGGGAAUGAUGCGGAUUGGGACAAUCAUCCACAACAUCGAGGUGAACCCGGGGCAGGGCGGGAAGCUGGUCCGAGCCGCUGGAACCAACGCCAAAAUCCUCAAGGAACCAGCAUCGGGGAGGUGCUUGAUAAAACUGCCAUCGGGCAACGAGAAAUGGAUUGAUUCCAAAUGCCGGGCCACAAUAGGGACAGUUUCAAACCCUGGCCAUGGAGCUAAGAAGCUGAGGAAAGCCGGGCAGAGCAGGUGGCUAGGGCGGAGACCAACUGUUCGAGGAGUGGCGAUGAACCCAGUGGACCAUCCCCAUGGAGGAGGUGAGGGGAAAAGCAAGAGUAGUGGUUGCAGGGGGAGGACGUCAGUCUCGCCGUGGGGAAAGCCGUGCAAAGGAGGCUACAAAACCGCCCGGCUCAAGAAGAAGAAGAAGUAGACGUUUGUAUUUGUUCUUCGUUUUUACUGCUUCUGCCCCUUUGUAUCCGCUUCUGCUGUUAAAGUGGUGAUCCAAGUAAACAAGACUUUGCAUCUCUUUCGUUUUGGAAUCAGGUUAAACAAGUAGCUUUCUUUGAUU